UUAUUUCGAUGUACAAUCGAUACAAUAAUUUUUAAUCGAAAUCAAAAAUUGAUGAAAUUAACCAAAGACUUUGGAUCAGUCGGAUGAUCAUCGGGUUUUUUUGUGUAUUAUUUUAUGUUUUAAGUUUUUCUAUUCCUCCUAAUUCCUGGUUCUCACCCUGGUCAUCAUUUCAGCUGUUAAUUGGACCCGUGUUUGUGGGGAUUUAGUGUUGCCUAGUGUUGCCUUUUUCACCUUUACCAUAAACCAAGAAAAACAACAAUAACAUCAACAUUACCCACUACAAAAUCUAAGAUCAUUUUGAUUGUUAUUCCAAGUAAAUUGAAUCAUGUCCACGGCAGUUCACUGGCAUGAUAUCGACGAUGCUCUGGCAGCUGAUUUUGAUGGCAGUCUUUCAGGUCUUGGAAUGGAACUGGGAACGUCUUCAUUUAACAUGAGUGAAACUCUUCUCGCUUUACCAAGUUUGAAAAAUAACUCACUUGAAGAUGAUGGACGUGGUUCGGACAUUAUUGUUCACAGGAAAAAGAAUCGUUUAGCUAAUGGAAUCGAUGAGGAAAGUAUGACAAGUACUAUUAAAAGAUUUUGUUUCAGCAAUGAGCGGGAAACAUGUAAUUCUGAUUCGAUGAGAUUUAUCUUUGCACAUCAUGGUCUUAUCCAGAGAGGUUCAGAAGGUGAUUGUCAACAUGAGGAAUGUAAAAGUGAAAUGAAAUGCCAACAACGUCACAGUAUAUCAGCUCCUGACUUAAGAACUACCUCAGCUUAUUCAAUUUUACCACAUUCAGGGCGAUCAUUUCCAUCCACAGCCAUAUCAAGUCCAUCCUCUGUUCUUACACAGAUACUUUCCGUACCCAACCAUAAUCCAUUUUCUUCCUCCUCAGCUGGUACAACCACAACUACUUCAACUACACCCAGUAAUCAUCAUCAUCACCACCACCACCAUCAUCAAACACAACAUCAACAUCAACAACAACAUCACCGUCAACAACAACAGCAGCAGCAGCAACCGCAGCAUCAUGAUCAGCAUUCAAAUCACAACGCUACUUCACCACUACAUGAACCCGAAUCACCAACAUCAAUUCGCCAAUCAAAUGAUUUUUUAUACCUUCUUCAAGCUCCAACAUCAAUGGCCACUAAAGUAAACGAGGAAACCAUGACAUACCUCAACCAAGGUCAAUCAUAUGAAAUAAAUCUUAAAAAACUUGGUGAUUUAUCUGAUUUGAGGGGUAAAAUGUUGAAAAGUAUAAUUAGAAUAGGAUUUCACGAGCGAAGGCUUCAAUAUAUGGAAAAAGAUUUGAUUCUUCAAUGGAAACAAUCCCGACAAUCUGAGAGAAUAUUAGAAAUCGACAUUCCACUUUCUUAUGGAAUUUAUGAAAAUCAACACAAUUCUCAAGAAAUAAAUAAAUGUGAAUUUCUUUGGGAACCCACUAAAGACACUGGAGUUUUUGUCAAGGUUAAUUGUAUUAGCACCGAAUUCACCCCCAAAAAACAUGGUGGUGAAAAAGGAGUACCUUUCCGUUUGAUCAUUGAGACCCAUGCUUUCAAUGAUUGUAGUAAAAUCGACGCAUCGACCAUCUUACAUGCAGCUUCAUGUCAAAUUAAAGUGUUCAAACCUAAAGGAGCAGAUAGGAAACACAAAACUGACCGAGAGAAGAUGAGUAAACGUCCACAAAGUGAACAAGAAAAGUUUAAACCCUCUUCUGAACGAACUGCCUUCACAGAUUAUCCAAUUAACAGUUUAUAUUCAUCAACCACCAACUCUGUAAAUACUAAUGGUAACUCAGGUAAUAGAGUUUCCAAUGGUACCAAUAAUAAUGGAGUCAUUUGUGAUAAUAUUGUUGCAGUCUCAGUGGUAGGCAGUGCUGGUGGCAUUGGAGGUGGUGUCAACAAUAAUAACUGUAAUAAUAAUAAUGUCACUGUAAAUUUAUCUAGAUGUUCACCACCAUCUUCACCUACAGCAAUCGCUACCUCAGUAAUGAUAUCAUCUAUUGGUGGAAAAGGAGCAGGAGGAGUCAAUGAGAGAGUUUUAGAUGAGAAGAUCAAAAACUCGCCGGAAGCGAAAAACAGCAAUGUUGUUCCCAAAAGGUCUCCAUCUUUGUCAGACGAUAAAGAACAAGAAUCAGGUUUUACCAAUAGUAACAAUUCCACUUUUUCAUCAUCCAGCAACUCAAAUGCCAUCAUCCUCUCUUCGGAAGCAUCAUCCGAAGAAACUGCCAACUGGUUAGCCCUGAAUAGAUUUGAUUCUUACAUUAGAACAUUUUCGAAUUUCUCUGGUUCAGAUCUUUUAAAGAUCACACGUAAUGAUCUCAUUCAGAUUUGUGGUUUAACUGACGGUAUCAGGCUAUUCAACGCACUUCAUGUUCGAUCAGUCAAACCCAAGUUAACUUUGUACGUGUGCAAUCCCAUGGACGAGGUUUUUCGAGCUGUUUAUCUAGAAAAUCUUAGCGUUGUCGAGUUAAGGACAAAGUUGGAAUCCGUGAUAUUGUGUUCCAAUGAUUGUCAUUUUAAUCGAAUAUGUUUACAAGGUCCAUCCGGGAUUCAUGUUCUCAUGACAGAUGAGGUUAUCAGGAAUUUCCCUGAAGAAUCUAUUUUCUUCAUGAAAGUAGAUAGAGCCAACGAACAAUUGAUAUUAACAAGGAUGGAUUCUGGAUCCGAAUUACAACUUAAUCGAGAUACGGGAUUGGCUUCCAUCUAAAUCUCUGCCAAACGCGAAACAAAAGUUGAUUUAAGUAAUUAAAUUAAUAGUGGAAUUGAUGAUAGAUGAUGGUACACAUUCAAACUAAUUUCUCCUGAAUUUGGACGAGAAAAGAAAAGAAACAAAUAAAUCAUUUCGAAUAGUUUUCUACAAACAACAGAAAAAAAGUUUUGUCUCUCUCUCUCCCAAAGUCAAUCUAAUUUUUUCUCAUUCACAAUUUUUGCUAUCAAUUUAAUUGCUAAUUUCUAAUUAAUGGUGACAAUUUUUACUUCUUGAUUUAUAUAUUAAUAGUAACAUGAUUAUUUUUUUCAUUAAGGAAACUUAUUAACAAACAAAAAACUGUUUCCAAAAACUGUUUUUUUUAUUAUUAUUACAAUAUAUUGAUUUAUAUAAAUUACUGAUGUUUAGCAUUUCCAAUUAAUCAAAUUGUUGUCCGAACACAGUUAACUCUCAUUUCCUGAAAUUACAGAGCGAAAACAAAUCAUCUAAACACAAGAAAACAAUUAAUUGUGCAUAUAUUAGUGAGACGAAACAAUAAAUAACAAUGAAUACCUUUGUAAUUAUUAUUUUCCAAAAAUAAACUGUCACAAUUAACUUAA